ACCAUGUGUAGAUAGUCCAGGAGUUCUGUUGGAUAGACAGUCAAUUGGCAGCAAACCUCUCACUCUCUUUUUUCUCUCUCCCUGUACCUUCUCUCUCUCAAGAGAACGAGCUGGGAUAUAAAGCUCUCACUGGAAAGUUUCUCUCUGUUUUUUUAGUGGUUCUGAGCACCUGCCUGUGUCAAAAUGAGUGACACUCUGCUGGAUGAUGGGUCCUUCAUGUUCACUUCGGAGUCUGUUGGAGAGGGACAUCCAGACAAGAUCUGUGAUCAGAUCAGUGAUGCUGUCCUGGAUGCUCACCUGAAGCAGGACCCAAAUGCCAAGGUCGCCUGUGAGACGGUUUGUAAGACUGGCAUGGUGCUGCUGUGUGGAGAGAUCACGUCCCGGGCCAAUGUAGACUAUCAGAAGGUUGUCAGAGACACCAUACAACACAUCGGUUACGACAACUCAGACAAAGGUUUUGACUAUAAGACGUGUAAUGUGUUGGUGGCUCUGGAGCAGCAGAGUCCAGACAUCGCUCAGGGUGUCCACAUCGACAGGAAAGAGGAAGACAUGGGAGCUGGAGACCAGGGUCUGAUGUUUGGCUACGCUACUGACGAGACAGAGGAGUGCAUGCCUCUCACCAUCGUCCUGGCUCACAAACUCAAUUCCAAGAUGGCCGAACUCAGACGCAACGGAACCAUUCCCUGGCUCCGCCCCGACUCUAAAACACAAGUGACAGUACACUAUGAGCAGGAGCACGGGGCAGUGAUCCCUAUAAGGGUCCACACCGUGGUCAUCUCUGUUCAACACGAUGACUUCAUAGGCCUGGAGGAACAGAAGGAGGUGCUCAAGGAGAAGGUGAUCAAGGUAGUGGUCCCGGCUAAGUACCUGGAUGAUAAGACCAUCUACCAUCUUCAGCCCAGUGGACGCUUCGUCAUCGGAGGACCCCAGGGUGAUGCUGGAGUGACGGGUAGGAAGAUCAUCGUUGAUACGUACGGAGGCUGGGGGGCCCACGGUGGGGGAGCUUUCUCUGGUAAAGACUUCUCCAAGGUGGAUCGCUCGGCUGCCUAUGCUGCCCGCUGGGUGGCCAAGUCCCUGGUCAAGGCCAAACUGUGCAGGAGGGUGCUGGUUCAGGUAUCCUACGCUAUCGGAGUGGCUCACCCUCUGUCCAUCUCCGUGUUCACCUACGGCUCGUCACAAAAGUCCGAGAGAGAGCUGCUGCAGAUCGUAAACAAGAACUUUGACCUACGACCUGGUGUCAUUGUCCGGGAACUGAACCUGAAGAGGCCAAUCUACCAGAAGACAGCGUGCUACGGCCACUUUGGCCGGAGUGAGUUUACCUGGGAAGUCCCCAAGGAGCUCAACUACUAAACAUCUCCCCCUGGUGGUCAAGUAUAUAACAAACUCUUAAACACCCCAUGGCCAAAUAUAUAACAAGCUCUUAAACAACAUAUAACGAUCCCUCCCAGAGAUAGAAAACAGGCCCCCUCUACAGGCUACAACCACAAAUGGUUCUGCUUUUUCAUUGGCUAGUGUUGAGGUUAAGGUUUAGGAUUAGGGUGAAGGGAUAUGUUUUUGGUUAGUGCUAAACAAUCAUUUAUGUGAUUGUAGCCCAUAGAGGGGUUUGUUUGUUAAUGCUUCUUAUCUUGAAUAAGAGGGAUGCAACUUAUAGAGGGGAAUCUCUAAUCUCCCUCCCUCCCUCCCUCCCUCUCUCUCUCCUCCAUCUCUUUGUCUAUCACAUCAAACAUUUCAGUCAAGAGAGAGGAUGAACUCACUGUGAUUUUAAUCAGACAAUCCACACAUUUUCAUUCAGAUAAAAGGUGUCCUUUGUAUAGUGUCUCACUUGUGCCUUAGUAUCAAAACAAUAACAUGUUAGAAGUAUUUUUUUCACACUCACUCUGGACAAAUAGUGAUUCCAUUGUCACUUCUGCUAUUAAACAAAGAAACAAAGAAACAAAUACAAUUAAUAAAUAAAGUUAAAUAUUGAAUAUAUAUAUAUAUAUAUAAAGCAGAGCAUUUAGCCUCAAAACUGUGAAUUAGUGAUGUGUGGUUGGACUCAUAACCAGCAGUCGGGUUUAGGGGCAUGAAAUACAGUAUUGUGUGGAUGAAGGGCGGGCAGGUUGAAUACAGAGAAAACAGUGCAUUCAAAUUCAUAAAUGUAGAAUUAUUGUGCAAUUCAUACCUAUAGGCUAUUUUUAUCUGGCGUUAGUGCGUAGCCUGAGCACCUAACUGUAGCGUGCCCAAUACAUGCAAAUUCUCAAGUUCUUUUGGGAAUUUGGACAGAAAAAGUUUGUCGAUCCACUGAGGCAAAAAAGGACAAUGUCGGAGUUGAAUUCAAUAAGAGAAAAACUGAGAAAUGGAGUGUUGAAAAUAAAUAGAAGGUAAGGCCAGGGAAAGAUUUGGUAACGUGGUAACAGUGCCAGCUAUGUUAUGUGUGAUGAUUGUGAGACGCUAUACAAAUUCGAUAGUCCCAAGACUCGGACUUCAAAAUGCACGUCAAGGGAACUGUUCGGUUCAGAUGGGUUAAAUGGAAAAGUGACCUUACUGUAGGUCUACAACCCUUCACUUAACCUGAUAUAAUAUUAACUCCUGCAAAAUUAAGCAUUUAUUGCAGAAACAUUAUACACCAAAUGGACAUUUUGACUCGUAACAGGAGUGGGGAAAUAUUAUGAGUUAGACAGAGUGAGCGGUUAGGGACCGUCUGUAAAGGUGGAGGUGCUAUCUUUAUCAGCCCCAUAAAAGCUGAUCGUAUUUCAACCACAUAAAGCCUGCAUCCAAGCCAAACUGAAAUCUUAUCAAAAACAUGUUGGGUCAUUUUAACAGCUGUUAAUUUCCUGAAAACCAAUCAAACUGAAUCCCUCUUUUUUUUGGUAUUGCACCGGCCCCUAAACGUAUUGUCUGCAUGAGAGAAGCAGAGAUGAAAGAGAAAACAAACUUUACUAAUGUCAACUGGGUUGAAGCAUUUAUUCUAUUGAUUUAUGCACAGCAUGACGGUGUUAAAUGAACACACGCCUUAUUUGCAAUAUUCACAGAAUGCCUUGCCGUUCGAGUGAAUUGUAGAGUUUUACCACCCAUGACUAUUUGUUAGUGGCAGAGACAUGGUUGUUGCAUUCAUCCAUCAUUCAUGCUUUCCUGUGACUCAGCAAAUAUGUUAUUAUUGUUUCACACAAUACAACACAUAUUUCAUAAGGCCUGCAACUCACAUCACUCUAUAUUGCUAAAUGAUGUAAUUCCGAUUGGAUUCCAGCCAGAUUGGGAAUAUCCAACAUUUGGAAUUUAUAUUCACCCGCAACCUGCAUUUAUAAUGACAGCCGGGUUCGGAAGACUAAAAUAUCAGACUACCUAAAGCAUUUCACAAACCUGUUGUUUUCGGCGCAUGUGAUAAAAACAAUUUGAUUUGAUCUAAACUGGAAUACCAUUACAGUAAAAUGUGCAAGAAGUCCAAGUAACAGAUUGGAUUAGUUUCGAAAAAUGUAUGUUAUUUAUGAGUAGCAUAAGAUUAAUUAAUCAAUCAUCAAUUAAUAUACAUGCAAAAACAUACUGAAAAAUGUUGACAGCAGAUGGGAGUUUUAUUCAUAACAUUGCGAAUUUAGCUAGCUAACAUACAUUUUGAGAAAACAAGUUAUAUUAACUGGCUAGCUAGCAACGUUUGUCUGGUCAAUGAGACUGAAAGCUAGCUAACCAGCUGAGCUAGCAAACAAUGUAACAAGUAUCAUUUCGGAUUUUAAAAAUACUCCAUCAAUUUCAGGAAUCAUUUCAGAAAUCACAGUAGCAAAUACACCUGGUGCACUAUUCAAUGAAUUAGCCAUUUAAACGUGACUUUUUUGAAGGAAACUAUGUUUGUGCCGUAGCCCUCACUGGCUUUCAUGUGAUUUGGGGUGCGUUUGUAAAUUCAAUCAGGAUUGCCAGAGUGCGCUCAGGGAGUUCGUAAAUUCAGAGCGUUUCGCUCUCGCUGCGUUCAGAGCGGACACUGGGGACGAGGGGUAGGGUUGAUCGAGUGUUCUGGCCUAGCUUGCUAGCUACUUCCAGCCACAAACGAGAGAACAAAUCACUCUGACCACUUCACUCGAACCUAGCAGAGCUGGUUAGGCUAUUUUCAUGUUAUCCAGAGCAUUGGUGACUAACUGCUGCGGGCUACAAUUUAAUUACGCAUUUUAUGCCGACGUUUACUGACACCGGCCACAUUCAACGGGUGUUGAGCGUUUGUAAAUUCAUCUGUUAAUUCUGCGCUCUGGUACACUCAGACGAGAGUACUCUGAAACCAGAGUAGAUAGCCAGAAAUAAUGUAAGAACCUUAAACGUUGGAUGUCAGACUCGACGACGGUCACUCCCAUUGGAGCGCUGCGAUUGGUUGCCCAACAUUUUGGGGCGGGGCUUAGCUGAGGGUUAAUUGUGACGCUCGUCACUACUUUUUAACGCUAUUUUAUGUUUAUUUAGAAAAAAUAUACAUGUAGUGAUGUCUUGUGUUUGUAUUGUAUUGUAAUUUGUAAUGUUAUAUUUAACAAAUGUAAAAAAUUAAAUUAAAAAAACGAUUACAAAAAAAUGUAUAAAAUAAUAUAAAAAACGAUAUUAUCCCCUCCACUCUGUCCAUAUCACCUCAAGAUGGUGAUAUAAAUCCUGUAUUGGUAGUCAUCUUUAAUCAAAGUGGAAUAUGUAUCUGCAGGUUCAAACCACAUCCUUCAAUCAACCAAAUAUUAGAAGGGAGAUCACCCUCUAACUUGGUUUUCGGAUUCAGUUACAACUCUAAUCUUUGCUCUGUAUCAAACUGGUUUAUAUUAUAUAUAGCUUUGUAAAGAUCAAAUUCACAAAAGUCUUAAUUUAGUAAUUAUAUCAUCGAUACUGCAGGGCAGUUUUUACAAUGCACUACUACUACUACACAACACCAACAACAGGUAUGUAGGACGACACAGGUCUCUUAUCCCAGGGAGGUCUUGGGCUGUAUACAGUUACUCUUACCAGUGUGUUACAGUUGACCAAAUCUAGCAGUAGACAUAGCUUUGAAUAAUAAGGCUUUAUAACCACUUACAAGGCAUCAUAAGGAUGCUUAAUAACUGUUCAUAAGGCCUUAUAAUGCUUUAUGAUGUGUCUAUGAACCCCUGCUCAGUCCUGUUUGACAAUGCUUUUUGUAUCUUCAUCUGUAGUCUAGAGCUACUGUAGAGCUGCUGCUGGGAUCUCGCUGUAAACAAUAUUAGCUGCCUUGAAUGAAUGAACUGUUCUCAUCUCUGAUGGCUGAUAAGGUUUGAUGUAUUUAGUAUUUUGACUUGAUUGUGAGUUAACUGUUGUGAUUAUUUUGCUAUAGGCAUAAAUAGUCUAUGAAUAAAUUGCCAAAGUGCAUGCUGCCAACAGUAGGUAUAUUAUUUUGUGGACAUCUUAAAGUUUCUAUAUUUGUACAAUUGUAUAUGCCUGAGAUGGUGCUGAGGAUAAUAACAUUGAGCUUCCCAAACAAACAUGACAGAAGUAUUUUAUGUUGACAGAAUUUCCCUUUCAUCCAUUUUCUCAAACCAUUUGAGACAUUCACUUGAGUCUUAUUUGAAAAGCAGUGAUAAGCUCUCUCUCUCUGUAUAGAGGUAUUUUGUAUAGACUCUUGUCUGUUUACAUUAUAAGUCUUACUCGGAGUCGCUGGGCCCUGUAUAUUUUUUAAAGGCCCCAAUGCAGUCAAAAACUUGAUUUCCCAGUGUUUUAUAUAUAUAAAAAGUGCUGCAUUGGACCGUUAAAGACCUAGUAGGGGAAUAGUGUAUAAAACAGUCUUCCAAAAUAUUUCAGAGUGCUGAGUUAGUGAAACCAUAAGUAAAGGACUUGAAAUACCACAGAUGCUUUACCUGCACAUUGUUAUAAACCAUCCUGAGGGGUUUCAUUUUUAUCUACAUAAAUGCAGGUGUUUCUGCCCUUCACCCUCUGCACCUGAGUCAUUGUAGCCUUGUGAUGUAUUCAGCUGUACUGAUCUAGCUAUCACCUCUUCCUGUGUCCCAACCUUGUUGUCCUAAAGGAAGUUUGCCCCCCCGCCCCUCUUUACCUAGAAGUUACUGUAUGCUGUUCUCCCCCCACCCUCAAACUCACAGUCCUAACAGUUGGCGUAGAAUCCUGAAAAUGUAAAUAAUUGUUCACAAUAAAAAAUAUUUAAAAACAGAAA